ACGAGGCGGACGGCGCUGCCGGAGAGAUGGACGUAGCUGUAGGGCAGAGUUACUAUCGGCAUGGAGAGCGCUGGACGCUGAUACUGAUCAGCCCGUCUUCAUAAAACCACGUUAUACAGUCGCUGAAGUCCUAAUAAUAUAUGUGAAGUCGGUUCUCCUGUGGAAGAUGACCUGGGGUGUGUGCAGCAGGGCUCUGGUGUGGUGCAUUUGGACGGCGCUGCUCAGUGACCUGCUAUUAACGGACUCCUGUAGCGCCAGCACCGUCUCCCUGCCCGAGAGUUUGCUGUUUGUGUCCACGCUGGAUGGCAACCUCCAUGCCGUCAAUAAGCGGUGUGGCUCAAUCAAGUGGACGCUGAAGGAAGAUCCUGUUCUUCAGGUCCCAACCCACGUGGCAGAGCCUGCAUUUCUCCCGGACCCUAAUGAUGGCAGCCUGUAUUCUCUGGGAGGGAAAAACAAUGAGGGACUGACGAAACUGCCCUUCACCAUCCCCGAGUUGGUCCAGGCUUCUCCCUGCCGCAGUUCUGAUGGCAUCCUUUACAUGGGCAAGAAGCAGGAUGUGUGGUAUGUGGUAGAUGUGCUGACAGGAGAGAAACAGCAGACUCUCACCUCCUCCUUCGCUGAGAUGCUAUGCCCGUCGUCUUCUCUGCUAUACCUGGGCCGUACCGAGUACACCAUCACCAUGUAUGACACCAAGAGCCGAGAACUGCGGUGGAACGCCACUUAUUCCGACUAUGCCUCCACGUUGCCGGAUGAUGACACAAAAUACAAAAUGGCCCAUUUUGUGUCGAAUGGCGACGGCCUGGUGGUGACUGUGGACAGUGAAACAGGUGACGUCCGGUGGGCGCAGAACUACAACUCUCCUGUGGUGGCCAUGUACAUCUGGCAGCGUGAGGGUCUGCGCAAGGUGCCACACACUAAUGUGGCUGUGGAAACGCUGCGCUACUUCACCUUCACGUCCGGCGAAAUGGGACGCAUCACACAGUGGAAGUACCCCUUCCCUCGAGAAAAGAAGCCCGAAAACAAGCUCACGUCCACCCUUUAUGUGGGCAAAUAUUCCACCAGCCUGUACGCCUCUCCCUCUCUGGUGCACGAUGGCGUUACUGUUGUGCCUCGUGGUAGCACCUUCCCCAUGCUUGAGGGCCCCAGUAGCCAAGAAGCAAGUGUGGAGGAGGACCAGGAGUGUGUGAUCACUCCCAGUACCAGCGUCCAGUUCAGUGCAGCCCUUGAGGAGCGAAAUCGGAUCAAUUACAUGAGGAACUAUCUCCUUCUUAUAGGUCAUCACGAGACUCCGCCUGAGGCUCAUACGAAGAUUCUGGAAAGAUUUCCUGAAAGUAUUCCCCGCCAACAUAGCAAUGUCAUCCCUCCCACCACAGAGAAAACUGCUGAAGAGAAGGUGAAUGACAGUGAGAUGGAGGACAGCAGCUCCCUGCCCCGAUCUGUCAGCAGUCAGUCUAACCGCCUUCCCCGCACAGAGGCCCCUGUGGACAGCAUGCUCAAGGACAUGGCCACAAUCAUCUUCAGCACGUUCCUACUGGCUGGAUGGGUAGCUUUUAUCAUCACCUACCCCAAGAAUGUGCAAAAGCAGCAGCAGCUGCAGCACCAGCAGUUCCAGCGGCAAAUGGAGGAAAAGCUGGAGCUCCUGCAGAGGCAGCAGCUGCUCUUCCAGCCACCUACAGAUCUGCUGCCUGACGCCGACUUCCUGGAGGCGGCUCACGCUCGCACCGAGAGCUCAAACCACAGCACCCCCAACGGAACACCACGUGCCUCCAACCAUUCCAACCUUUCAAUGUCUGAGCCGGGGAGCUCUGCCACCGAGCACGAGGAGGGAGAGGAUGAAUCUAGCAUUGUUCGGAUUGGUAACAUCACAUUCAACCCCAGGGAUGUUCUUGGACAUGGUGCCGAAGGAACUAUUGUGUACAGGGGUCAGUUCGACAACCGGCCAGUGGCUGUGAAGAGAAUUCUUCCGGAAUGUUUCAGUUUUGCGGACCGGGAGGUGCAGCUAUUACGCGAGUCGGACGAGCACCCCAAUGUCAUCCGCUACUUUUGUACAGAGCGUGACCGCCAGUUCCAGUACAUUGCCAUUGAGUUGUGCAGUGCCACUCUGCAGGAGUAUGUGGAGCAGAAGGAUUUUAACCGCCAUGGUCUGGAACCAGUGACACUGCUGCAGCAAACCAUGUCUGGACUGGCACAUCUGCAUUCUCUCAGUAUAGUUCACAGAGACCUGAAGCCACACAAUAUCUUGGUGUCCAUGCCAAACGCUCAUGGGCGUGUGCGUGCCAUGAUUUCGGACUUUGGUUUGUGUAAGAAGUUGGCAGUGGGCAGACACAGUUUCAGCAGAAGGUCUGGAGUUCCAGGCACGGAGGGCUGGAUUGCCCCUGAAGUGCUUAGUGAGGAUGUUGCGCACAACCCCACCUGCAAGGUGGACAUCUUCUCUGCUGGCUGUGUUUUCUACUACGUGGUGUCGCAGGGCAGUCACCCAUUUGGAAAGUCCCUGCAGCGCCAAGCCAAUAUCCUCUUUGGUGCCUAUUCACUGGCUCUCUUGCAGCCAGACAGGCACGAAGACAUUGUGGCCAUGAACCUAAUAGAGCAGAUGCUGAGUAUGGAGCCUGGGAAAAGGCCAUCAGCAGAAAGAGUUCUCAAACACCCUUUCUUUUGGACUCUCGAAAAACAGCUGCAGUUCUUUCAGGAUGUGAGCGAUAGGAUAGAGAAGGAGCCGCUAGAUGGACCAAUUGUAAGGCAGCUGGAGAGGGGAGGACGGGCUGUGGUAAAAGGAGACUGGAGGGAACACAUCACAGUGCCUCUGCAAACAGAUCUACGCAAAUUUCGCUCAUACAAAGGCGGGUCUGUUCGGGAUCUUCUGCGUGCCAUGAGAAACAAGAAGCACCAUUACAGGGAAUUGCCCAACGAGGUUCAGGAGACGCUUGGCUCAAUUCCGGAUGACUUCGUCUCUUACUUCACCUCCCGCUUCCCACAUCUGCUGCUGCACACACACCUGGCCAUGCGCACGUGUGCCCUGGAGCGCCCCUUCCUGCCCUACUACCACAGCUCCGAGCUGCUCGUCCGGACUGUUCAUACACAGCCUGAGCCUAAGCUCCCAGAGCUGCAGGAACCCACAAGCCAGCAGGAUCCAUGUCCAUCCACAAUAACGGCACCUCCAGCAAGCCUGGAGCUUCCUCCACCAUCAGAUCAUCCAGAACUGUCCACACUUCCUGCAGAGCCAUGCGUGUCACCAGUGCCACCGAGACAAGAAGACGUUGCUCUGUAGAAUUUGCUUGACUGCAGUGCCUUUGGGAGUGUUUUGCUGUUAUGAAUGGACACAUUCCAGGGUGGGCCUCUCUGAGGUGGCAUGGUCUGGGCCUGCAGUGCCUGGGCCGUGUCUCUAAAGGAGCUGCCAUCCCGUCUCAAGUGCCUUACUUAGAAUUUUUUUUUUUUUUUUUUUUUUGGUAGACAAAACGGCUCUUUUCAGAGCUGCCUAGUGGUUCCUGGUGAAGCUAGGCAGGAGGAUGCCCAAAUUUGAUCCAGUUAUUUGGACCGUGAUGUUCUCCUAAGAAGCUGAUUUAUUUUAUUUUUUUUUUUCUUUCAUUUUUUUAAUGAACUCUUUCGUAAAGGCUGCAUACUGUGAUGCUCUCACACGUAUGAGGCGAGAACUAAUUUCGUUGAACACUUGAAGUGGUCGAGUAAUUCUACUGUGCAAUGUUGGUAAUGCUCUGUUAAGUAUAUAUUUUUGUACAUAUUUUGACCGGUGAUAAUCAGUCUGUGUGGCCAGUGUGCCUUUUUUUAAAUCCCACUGUGCUCUGUCUUGGCUGUGAGGUCAGGGAGGUUGUUUUUUUCCACCUGUCGCUACGCUGCUGUGGGCUCUCCGCCUCGGUCAUGUCCAUAUGGGAAUUUACGCUGUGGAGAUAUUGACGCAGUUCGGUUUUUAUUCUCACAGCUCAUUGGCAGGUGUUAUUGCCUGAUUACCUGUGCAUCUUAUUUGUAGGCACAGUGAUGAACAUGAAAACAGUAUAAACACGGUUAACUUCUUUAGUUAUGUAGUUCAUUUUAUCCAUCACUCGAUUGUGAAACCUGUUUAAACAGAAAUAAGGAUUCAUUUAAAUAAGUUAUUUUAAGCGUUGAGAGUGUUCAGCAAACGAAUGAUUGAUCUUUCCAUCUCACCUACUGCGAACAGGCACAUUGGACCAGUUUAAAGUGUUUUUUAUUAAUUUAAUAUGGUUCACUGUAGAGAAACGUCCCGACUCUCUGCAGUGGUGCUGAUGAGAGCCAAGGGUUGCAGCGUCGACACCAUAGAUAUAUAGUUUUGAUAUGUAACGAUGGUAAAAUAGAAGUAAACUGGGAACUAUUUCAUCUUUCAGCAACCUGCAUGUAACCAUUAAUAAGAUAAGAUAAUCCUUUAUUAGUCCCACAGCGGGGAAAUUCACAUUAAUACGCUUUAAAACACACAUUUUAGGGCACAGCAACAAAAAGGCGUCAAACUUUUCAUGCCUGGUGACGAUCAUCGCUCCUGUGAAGCAUCAAAGCCUCUCCGAAUGAGUUUAAGCAGUAAUGAUUGAAUUGCAGACAACCUGCCAGAUGUGGCCUUCCCCUGUAACUGUACACCUCUUUCACCAUCAGUUUUCAGUGCAUUAAUAGGAGAAAUAAUCACAUUAGAUUGUCACUUUAUAUGUAUUUCUUUCCUGCGAUGCAUUUGUAGCACAAAUGUUAAUUUAUUUGUCUUAUUUUUUCCACGCGACUUGACCUUUUUUACUGGUACAAGCUGCUAUUGUGCAAUGCCAAGAUCCCAAAUAAAGCAUUACAGUGUCAGAUCUCCA